CUGUUCAAUUCUUUAUAUCUUCUUCAGACACCAUGCCCACGCGUUACAGCGGGAAGAACGGUGAACUUUGGCGGCGAGGCUUUUAGCAUCCUUGAUUUGAUUGGUCAGGGAGGAUUUGCUAAAGUUUAUAAAUGCACAAAUGAAGAGGGAAAGACUUUGGCACUUAAGUAUGAAAUCCCUUCAUGUCCAUGGGAGGUGUAUAUAUGCUCUGAGGUAAAAAUGCGCGUGGACCGUUCCAAACAGUUCAUGUUAGAUAGUGUCAUGGAGGUGACAGAGGCAUACGUGUUCAACAAUGCAUCAGUCCUUUUCAACGAGUACCAUCCUUACGGAACUCUUUUGGAUCUCUCAAACAAAUGGAUUGAUCCAAGCUGGUACAUUGUUGCGUUAGUAGGAAUCCAAAUGGCAAGAAUCCUUCGUGAAUUACAUGCUGUGAACAUCAUUCAUGGAGACAUCAAACCUGAUAAUUUUAUGAUUCUUAGGAAGCUGAGCGAAUGUCAUGACGACAUUGAGCAAAUUCUUGCGACACCCAUAUUGAAGCUGAUAGACUGGGGUCGCGCAAUCGACAUGCGUGUUUUAGCUGGGCACACUUUCACUGGACGUGCGGGUACCGACAAAUUUGACUGCUCUGAGAUGCUGGACGGGCGACCGUGGACAUAUCAGACUGACUACUUCGGCUACGUGGGAACGCUGCAUGUCCUCAUACAAAGCAAGUACGCCGACAUCUCUAAGAAAAACGGCAUAUUCAAAGUCAACAGUUCUAUGAAACGGUGA